AUGGAGAACAGCUGGGUCAAGACGAACGAAACAGUUUGGGAUUGCGAGGUAAUCAGCGUUGAUAUUAUAGAUGUUUCGACUGACUCCGAUGCCGGCAACGUCGCUGCUACCGAUGCUCCAGCAGACUCCGCGAGCAGCUCCGAUGCUUCGACAGCCUCCGCGUGCUCGCAGACAGGGCAGUCUUGCGAACAGACCAUGUGUUGCUCUGAGCCUGGCGCGAGGUGCUACAAGGAGAAUGAUGGUUGGAGCUCGUGCAACGAAACUUGCGACCCAUACUACAUGUGGACGGAGGAUGAUGGAUGGGUCAGCUUGGGAUUGCGAGGAGAUUCGGCUCCCGUGCACGCCUCACGGGGCGUCUUGCGCACUUUCCAAGUGCUGUUCUGA